AUGUCUGGAAGAAUAUUCGCUGUCAUUCUCAAGCGUGUUCUGCGCGGUAUUCUUGGUGUUCCGCAGUUGUUUUAUUUCCCGCUGUGCGGCGGACUCCGCGGUCGCAGGUAUUCAGUGUUUCGUUUCUGUUCUCCGACGCGUUCUGGACCGUGUUCUGUUUCAUGGAGCCGCCGCAGAGCGGUGCGUGGGCGGGGCUGUGUUCCUAAAAUAGUAUCCUUAGCCCGUGUCAGGCGCGCGCAUGCAUUCCCGGCGUGGCAAGUAGCUCCUCGUUUGCUGUGGGGCGCGGAGAUGCACGCGCGCGUGCUGGGAGGCGGGCCUUGCAGUCGCACUUUGCCGAUGUAA